AUGAACAUUGGCGUAAUUGUUGGAAGCACUCGCCCAUCUAGAAUUGGACAUCAACUUACAAAAUGGUUGCUCAGUACCAUCUCGGUCAAACAUUCAUUAGACCUGGAGAUUAUUGAUUUAAGAGAGUGGGAUCUCCCUCUAUUCAAUGAACCUGAAAUUCCAGCAAAAGGAGAGCAAUAUUAUAGCAGCGACAAGACGAGGCAAUGGAGCAAGAAGAUUGCUUCAAAAGAUGGGUUUAUCUUUGUUACACCACAGUACAAUUGGGGCUAUCCUGCUUCCUUGAAGAAUGCUGUGGACUAUCUUUACAAUGAAUGGACCAGUAAACCAGCAAUCAUUGUCAGUUAUGCAAAUCGAGGUGGAGGAAAAGCUGCGGUACAAUUUAGACAGGUUUUAGACGGCCUCAAAAUGAAAACUGUGCAGACGAUGCCUGCCAUUUGUCUCACGAAAGACAUGUACACAGAAAACGGCACAUUGAAAGAGAUUGAAGCUUACAGCGACUUUGCUACUACGUAUAAAGAUAUCAUCAAUAAGGCUAUUGAAGAGCUACUGUUAGAGUUAUCGCCAAAGAAACAAAUUAAACUAAGGCUAUAG